ACUUGGCAAGAUGAACACUCGGCUCCAUUCUCCUGGGAAACAAAGAGUCAGAUGGAGUUCAGCGUUGCAUCUCUGUCCAUACAAGAACAAGGUGGUGCCCAGUUGCAAAAUGAACAGAGGCAGCCCGUUAAAGCAGCACCUGGUGUCCAAGUCCCUAAAUCUUCUCAGGCCAGUAAGACCCCUGGCUCUGAUGGGUUGAUAGCAUCCAGAAAGGAAGAGGAGUCCUCUUUCUGGAAGAUAAAUGCAGAGCGCUCAAAGUUUGAAGGAGACAAGUCUGAGUUCCAGUCCCUGACCCCCAGCCAGAUCAAGUCCAUGGAGAAAGGAGAGAAACCCCUUCCCUCUUUUUACAGACAAGAGUCUACUCCAAAGGAGAUGGCAAAAGCCGAGAAGCCCAGCAUAACUAAACCAGAGAAGUCUGUCGCCCCCAGCCUACCUUCCGUAUCUCUCGAAUGGGAGAAACUUCGACCCACUCAACACCCUGCUAGUUCUCUAGAUGACUUCCUUCUUCCUGACCCACCACAGGACCUGGCAUCUUCUAGGACAAAUAAGGAAGAUACUGAUGGUACUAUACUUACAGAUCCGCAAAUGCCUGGACAGACUAGUACAAGCAGUGUUAUCUUGAAGACUGGCUUUGAUUUUCUAGACAACUGGUAAAAGAUACUUCAAAAUACAUCACACCAAUUUUGGGGAAGGAGUGGAAUAUCUUUCUCCUUGUAUGUUAAUUUACUAGCAUUUGUGUCUUUUUCUAGAAGUAACUUUCAAACUCUUCAAUGUUGCCUUUGUAUAAACUUUUGUAAUACCAUAUGCAUUUUUGUUUUUAAAACGGUGAUAGAAGUGUGGUUUCAUUUGGAUAUUUUUUUAAUAUCUGUUAAAAUUCUUAGUAGCUACUGUAUUGAGAGGAUGGGAGAAGUUACCAUACACGUGUUAAAGAAAAACAGAUGAGAGUCUCCAUAUCCUAGAAAUGGAACCUACAGGACCAGAUCGCUGUUUUCAGUCGAAACCUUGCUAGCAUGGCUUGUAAGAAAUAGCGUUGCACGUGCAAUGGUUCCAAAUAAGCAAAUAAUUCCAUACUUCAGAUAACUAGCAAAAACAGGAUGAAAAAUAAGCAUACAGAAGAAUUGCAUUGAUUUCUAUAUUUCAUUUAGUUUGAAAGUAACUUUUGUACCACUUAUUUGAAAACACUUUUCUUUUGAAGAGGGCAAAGGCACUGCCAAAAUGAUGGAUCCAAAGAAGCACUGUCUUUGUACCCUACAAAUCUGCUAAAAUAACAUAAGAGUGUUAAAAAAACGACCUGGGGAAGUGACAGGAGUUUCUGGUCUUUGGAUUAAAGACUUGGGGGUGGGUGGAGGGGAAUGGGACAACACAUAAUGAAUGGGAGAGACUGUCUUCAGGGAACACAAGCCUAAUGAUUUCACUGCCUCCUUACUAGAGCAUAACUCUUCAUAAUAGUAGUGCUGGAAGUACAGCACUGGGAAUUGCUGGAGUGUAGAUUACCUUUGUGUCAGGAAACCACUAUGUUUAUGGGAGGUCAUAGCAGUAUAAGGCUUCUUUGUUUUUUAAGCAGCUUAUCGUCUCAAGGACUCAUCAACUUUGGUGCUUUUUUCCUCCUUGUGUGGGUACAUGCUCUUCAGCGUUCAACAUGUGGGUUACAUCUGUUCCCGAGGUGCAGAGAGGCAUCUCAAGGUGGCCCUCAGCAGACUUGCCUCCAGUUCUGCUUUCGAAUGGUCUUUGUUUGGUGUUUAAAACGUAGAGAACAAGACUAGCUAUCGUUCGAAUCUGUCGUCUCUGAAAUGCAGCAUGAUUUACACACUGACUCUCACUGUGUUUACCUCACCUUGAAGCCUUAAUUCCCCCUACGCACAGCCAGUGACUGGUCUGCUCCAAUGCCAAAGGUUUGACCUUUCCCUUUACCUCAGCAAUAGUCCCAUAGCAUUUGUUUGGGGUAGAAGGCAAAACACGGGGGUCUAACGGGUCUCAGCCAAGGCUAUAAGAAGGUCACCAUCUCCUAGACCGUAAUUGUGCUAGGCUUCUCGUGGAUUAGCACUUGACAUUUGGUUCAGUGCCAGGGGCAGUUAAAUGUGCAGAAUUGGAUGCUCUAGGAUUUUCUUCUGCCUGUUACAGGAAGAGUUUGAGAUGUCCUGGAAGAAUCCUUGCCUCUAAUCGGUGUGCUGCUUGCUCUGAACAAGCGGAGGAUGCUGAUAGAGCAUUAAAACUUACUUGUUGAUCAAGGAAAAUGCUGUAGGCUACCCCCUUCCCCCCCCC